UAUUUCCUGCCUUCACAGUUUUUAUACCAUCUGACAACAAAUACAAUAUAAUAAUUAAAUCAAUUAUUUUUAAGUUUUAAACGAUUUUCCCUUCAACUUUUGAUUUAUUUUAAAAUUGUACAUUUUGUUUAAAUUUUCAUUGUAAAAUGGCUAUAAAUAUUAGUGCGCCAGCUAUAAUAAACAAUAUAAUGACCACUCAAUUGGACUUGGAAGAAUUAAAACUCAACAUAGAUGAUUUGUUUUUAGUUAUCAAUGGAAUAAUUGUAUCCUUGAUGCAAGUCGGAUUUGCAUGUUUAGAAGCUGGAUGUGUGCAGCCCAAAAACGUGACAAACAUUUUGAUGAAAAAUAUAUUGGAUUUAUUCCUCUGUGCCAUAUCGUAUUGGCUGGUCGGAUAUGGGUUGGCGUAUGGUGGUGGUGGUUGCGGAUAUUACGGUAAGGAGUACUUUGCGGGAGUCGAUAUGCCAUCGAGCCAAACAGGUGUGUGGUUCUUCCAAUACGUGUUCGCUGCGACCGCAGCAACCAUCAUAUCGGGGGCUGUGGCCGAAAGAUGCAAUUUCAUUGCCUACAUAUUCUACAGCGUUAUCAUAUCGGGUGUGACGUAUCCCAUAGUCUCACAUUGGACUUGGUCACCCGACGGUUGGUUAAUGAAAAUCGGGUAUUCCGAUUUUUCCGGCGCCGGGACUGUGCACUUGCUAGCUGGCACCUGUUCGUUCAUCGCAGCCUUGUUCAUCGGCCCCCGGAACGGACGUUUUAGUACCAUAGCUCCGAACGAAUACAACGGACACUCAAUGCCGCUAGUGGCCACGGGGACCCUAUUGCUUAUAACAGGAUUCCUGUCAUUCAACGGUGCGUCUCUGGGCCACAUUACUAGACCUGGUGAUGGAGUCAUAGUGGCAAAUAGCGUAGCCAACACUAUUUUUGGUGGCAGCGGCGCAGCAGUAGUGAUACUGAUUUUGGCUAAAGCUGGUCUGGUCGGCGAGUCUAGGUGGCCAUUCGCAAUGACCAUCAACGCUGUUUUAAAUGGAAUAGUUUCGGUGUGUGGGGGUGUUAACGAGUACACACAUUUGUCUGCAAUAAUGGUCGGCAUGAUUGGUUGUAUUAUUUACUUAGUGUUGCAAUGGAUUAUUCCCCGUUUAAAAGUGGAUGAUCCACUAGAAACAACUGCCGUCCAUUUUGGAGGUGGAUUAUGGGGAGUAAUAGCUACACCGCUUUUUGUGAAAGGAGGAUUUUGGAACAAUCCAGAUUCUAUGCCACUAUUGAAGUCGAAUCUUAUUGGCGCCGGAUCAAUUAUUGUGUGGUCAGUAGUAAACAGUGCAAUAUUAUUCGGGUUUCUUAAAGUGUUUGAUCUACUCCGAGUAUCUACAGACACAGAGAUUAUAGGUUUGGACAUGAGUCUCCAUAAAGAACAAGCAUACCCAGUGACUAACAUUUCUAUUGAAAACGGACAUAAAAGUAACAAAACCACAGUCAUCAGACACGCUUAUGACAAUGUGGCGAUGCAACACACCCUCCAAAAGUGAGCAGAUUUCCACCAUUUACAUACAUGACAACUAUAUAUAAUAUUUCGUAGGGUCGUAGGACAAUAAUAUGUAUAAUAUAAUAAUAUGAUAGGUGUAUAAUUAUACAAUAUACAUGUAUAUAUAUAUAUAUAUUGUUUUGAAUGUUCUACCAUUCGAUAUAUUACCAUAGUAUAGGUAACUGAGGUUAUAUAAUAUUAUGAUUACCUAUGUUGUAUGUAUUUAUAAAAUAUGCGUAAUGCUCAGGUCAUCAACUGAUCAUAAUGGUGGCCCUUUGGAAGGGAAGUUGGCACUUUAUACUUAGCCGCAUAAUAUCCAGUUAAGUAUGGACUAAGACUAAGAUAAACUUAAAAUUUUAUCUUAAUCAGUGGUUAUAAAGGUAUUAAUACAUUUUUUGCAAGGAGAGGGAUAAAAGAAUGAGUGUUUGAAGUAUAGCAGUAAAACCCGUAACUAAUUAUUUGUUUGGUUUGACCUACACAAUUUACUAAAAUAUAUGAUUACUUACAAUAUCUUUCCUUUUGAAAGCUUCAAUAAAAGACAAUAGACACCAUUUACAUAAUUACAUCACAGUGCAGUAUCUCAAGUUGUCGUCAAGAACGGCCAUAUAAGUAUAAUAUAUUUUAUUGUGAAUGAUUCAAAAUGUAUUUGUGUACCUACUUAUCUAAAUGUUAUAAUAUUAAGUAUAAAUGUAUAAUUUAUUAUGACACCUAGGUUAUAGUAUAUUAAUAUUAUAUGUACCUAUAUGAAAACGUGUAAAAUGUUAAUACUUAAUUUAAUUGUACCUAAAUUACAUUUUUAUUCUAUAAUAUUGUACUUGUACUUAUAAUUUUUAUAAUAUAAUAUUAAAAUAUUAUAGUUAUUAAACAUUUAAA